CUCCAUGCCAGACGACCCUGGCUGGGAGUUCGACAAAUUUGAUGAUGGAUCGAGAAAAAUUGUGGGUGAGGUUCAGCUUAGGAAGUAUGGAACGUUCCUGGAAGAAUAUGCAUCACAACUGAAAGAAAUUGAAGAUGCUUUGGAUGACUCUAUUGGGGAUUCAUGGGACUUAACAUUGGAUCCUAUUGCUUUACAGUUUCUACCCUAUGAACAAACAACUCUCCUUCAGUUAGUGAAAACUGACAAUAAGAUCUUCAAUAAGGUGAUCACAGUUUUGGCUGCCCUUUGCUGUGAGCUGAGAGCACUCAGACAUGAGGCUGAGACAAAGUUUUUCAAUGCUUUACUGUUCUAUGGAGAAGGAGAACCAGAGAAUGGGCUGGAGGAGGGUGAAGCUCAGAUACAAAUGGGUCGUAUGAUGCCCCUGUUACAGGACCUAUCCUGUUUCAUUACUCGGUCUUACGAAGUUGUUAAAAAUCUGAUGUACCAGUUAUCAGCCCUAUAUUCACCAUCCAGAAGUGGGCAGAAACUUAUUGAUGUCACUGAUGUUCACUUCCAGACUGUGUAUGAACAUCUGGGUGAUUUGUUAGGGGUCCUGAUUACAUUGGAUGAAAUUGUGGACAACCAAGGGACGCUUAAAGAUCAUUGGACAUUAUACAAAAGAAUGUUGAAGUCUGUGAGGCAUAAUCCUGGAAAGUUUGGAGUCCCAGAAAACAAGUUGAGGCCUUUUGAGAAGUUGCUGAUAACUCUAGAGGGCCAAGCUUUGGACGGAAUGAUUUUUCAGAAUUGUGUUGAACAACCCUUUGAAGUUUUUGUGACAAAAAAUCCUGCUUUUGCAGAGGAGUUUGCAUUAAAUGUGAGAAAUUACAUACAGGAUUUGGAUGCAAGAAUAGGUGACUCAAAUGAGAUGGAGCAGAGAUACAAGUUUGUGGGUGCCUGUGGACUGUAUAUUCUGCACUUUCAAAUGUUCAGAAUCAUAGACAAGAAAGUUUUCAAAACACUCUGGGAUACUCACAAAAAGGUACCAGCAAUUAACCUGGUGGGGAAUGUGGUGUGGUUUCCCACAGACUUCCUAAUGACCAAACUGCCACACAUGGCUAAGGCCCUAGAUAAGAAAGCACAAGCCUCUGCCACAGCCUCAAGAGUGGCAUGGCUGACUCAGCAAACACAGAGCUUAACAAGGGAAGUACAGGCAUUUUACUUGCAAGUUUGCUCAUGGAUGGUAAAGAUGGAGUCUAAUCUGUCCAGAGGCAACACUUUAAUGGAGGACCUAAAUGCCAGGUGUAACCUUUUUAUUCAGGGUCUUCUGUAUGCAUACAGCAUCAGCCACCUGGUGAGGUCUGUGAUGAACCUUCAUGUGGCACUGCAGAAGCCGAUGACCAAGACGGCGGUGCUCAGUCUUUGUAGACUUAUAGAACUCCUUAAGGCAAUAGAGCACACCUUCCACAGACGAACCAUGCUCGUGGCUGAGUCUGUCAACCAUAUUAUACAACACCUGAGCUUUCUUGCACUCAGUGCAGUUAGCGUUGCCAAGAAAAGAAUUGUGUCAGAAAAGAGAUACAGUGAGAAAAGACUGGAUGUUUUAUCAGCCUUGGUCCUUGCUGAGACAUCUCUUCAUGGGCCAGGAACCAAAGAACGGCGUCUUGUUGCUCAACUUGCCUUGGCUGUUGGAACAAUGAUGGGGUGUUUCAAGGCAGAUGAGCUUGCAAACUUCCAUGCUACCCUGAGAAAAUUAGAAGCAAUAUGUGAUUUUAGGGAAAGGUUGAGGUCAGCAACAGACUGUGCCUUCAUAUACUGGCAUAGAGUUAUUUUUCCUAUCUACUUACAAGACUUGUUUGAGAGUAUAUCCGACUCUCAUCGAAUACAUUACAUGGUGGGGGCACUACGAGACUGUGUCUUGCCUAUGCAGGUUGUGGGACAUCUUCCCUCACCACAAGUCCUCUUAGACUGUUUCUACAAAGAAGUUAUGGGUCAGCUGAAAGAGCACCUUUUGGAGCCGUUGUGCAGGGAGAUAGAGACAGACCUCCGUCUCCACAUCCACUCUCAUCUGCAGUUGGAUGACAGAAAUCCAUUCAAAGUUGGUAUGAAAGACCUCUCACACUUCCUCAGGAUACGCCCCAUUCGAUUCUUUGACACAUCUGUCAGUAUUAAAGCCUAUGUGGAACACUACCUUGACAAGACAUUCUACAAUCUGACCACUGUGGCCUUACAUGACUGGAAAACCUAUGGGGAGAUGAAAAAUGUUGCUCAGCAGAAGUAUGGCCUCUCCUUGCUGGAGUCGCAUCUUCCUAGUCAGACGUUGGAACAGGGUUUGGAUGUUUUGGAAAUUAUGAGAAACAUUCAUGUGUUUGUGUCCAGAUUUUUGUACAACCUCAAUAACCAGAUAUUUGUAGAACGUUCCAGCAACAACAAGUUCCUGAACACCAUCAACAUACGGCACAUUGCCAAUUCCAUCAGAACUCAUGGCACUGGCAUCAUGAAUACCACAGUCAACUUCACUUACCAGUUUUUGAGGAAGAAGUUCUUCAUCUUUUCCCAGUUUAUGUAUGAUGAGCACAUAAAGUCAAGGCUUAUCAAGGACUGGAAGUUCUUCAAAGAUAACCACAUACAGACUGACCAGAAGUAUCCAUUUGAGAGAGCUGACAAGUUCAACAAGGGCAUCAAGAAGCUGGGUGUAACACCUGAUGGGCUGAGUUACCUGGAUCAGUUUCGCACGCUUAUUACACAAAUAGGCAAUGCCAUGGGAUACAUUCGAAUGAUCCGCUCAGGAGGCCUCCACUGCUGCAGCAAUGCCAUUCGCUUUAUCCCAGACCUGGAAGACAUUGUCAACUUUGAGGAGCUCUGUAAGGAGGAAGGUCUUUCUUUGGAAUGUCAAAGAGCUGCCAAAAACCUGGACCAUGUGAUUGGGAAUCUUACCAAGAACUUUGCUGAAGGAACAGAAUACUUCAAGCUGCUGGUUGAUGUGUUCUCACCAGAGUUCAGAAACACCAAAAAUAUGCAUCUGAAGAAUUUCUUCGUCAUUCUGCCACCAUUAACAUUAAACUUUGUGGAACAUUCAAUUGGAUGCAAGGAAAAACUCAAUAAGAAGAACAAAAUUGGUGCUGCUUUUACAGAUGAUGGUUUUGCAAUGGGUGUGGCUUACAUCCUGAAGUUGUUGGAUCAGUAUCACGACUUUGACUCACUGCACUGGUUCCAGUCUGUCAAGGAUAAGUACAGAAUGGAAAAAAGUCAAGUGAUGAAGCAGCAGCAGGGACGGUCAGAUGAGAAACUGCAACAAACAAUGACCUUAACAGUCAAGCGGCUUGAUGUGUACAUGCAGGAGUUUGAGUUGCUGUAUUACUCUCUCAGUAGUGCACGGAUUUUCUUCCGUGCUGACCAAACAGCUGCUGAGGAGAGGGAAGAGAAGAAAGAGAAACAAGAUGCUGGUGCGGGUGAUGUCCCACCCACAGAGAAUGCUACUUCAACACCAACAAAUGAUGCUGGUGCCAUGCCACAAGGGGAUGUUAGACCAAGUGGGACUGAUCCACCGCCACCUCCUCCCCCACCACCACCACCUCCCCCACCUCCCCCGCCCCCUCCUCCACCACCACCACCUAGUUAGUGGGGGUGCACCUGAUGAGGAGUCAUCCUGGGCAUUCCAGCGUAUCAGUGAAAUGUGUCCAGGAUAAAUGAUGAUCCAGAGUCAUGUGAUGUAGAUUGUUUUGAAUUGAAAAAACAAAACAAAGCAAAACAGGCCCGAACGAGAAAAAUAGCUCUUCUGAAAGAAUGUAUUGAGACAUGUUUUUCACUUGAGCAGUUGUCUUCCAGUAUGGAAGUCAAAGACGACUCGGUUAAGAAGCAUGGUCAAAGAUUGACAAACUAAUGCAAGCACAUUUCUGCUUUACAGUUUUUUUGUGUGUGUGUUUUUAUUUUGGUGUGAAAUUUCUAAUAUUCAGGAAUUACCUACAUGUUUGUUUUAAAAUAAAACAUGGUCAUGUCUGUGCAAAGUUUACCAAAUAGGACAUCUUACAUCUUACAAAGAAUGUCAGUACAUGUAUUAUGUUAAUGUGUUAUCAUUAAAGCAGAGGUGCAGCUACCCGUCAAAUGUUACCUACUGUGUUGCAUAAUUCAGAGGUGCAUUUUGUUGAAUAUAUCAUUUUGUUCUUGUCCUAUUAAAAUAUAUUGGCUGUGUUUAUGUGCACCCUUAAUAUCCCUAGUUACUUUUUGGUUUACCCAUUAUCAAAUUAUUACUGUUAGACCAUUCAUUUUUGUUUUGAGUAUAUAAUGUUAAAUACCAAGCAGCAAAAUUUACGAAAUUAGCAAGCAUUGAAAAAUAAUGACUCAUAAAUGCUGCAAGCGUUACCUAUAUAUGUAUGUUACAUACAUAUGUGUGCAAAGUGGGCAUUGUCUGAUCUUUGUUUAUAUCUUGAUACCAACAUGCAAGAAAUCAGACCAAAAUAUUUACUUAUUUACUGGGACUAACAAACCUUAGUAUAUUAAUAAUUCCAAAAUGAUGAGUAAUGUUCAAAUGUAAUUAUGGCAAGUCAUUUUUGUGAUGAAAUAAUGUUGACAGGUUUAUAUGAAAUAUGAACAAGUCAUUUGAUAUAUAUGUACAUGUAUAUAUAAAGCACACAUUGUAGACGUGUGCAGUUGUGGAGUCAGGUGCAUUUUUCUUCAAGCAAUGAAAUUUCUUUUAUUGUAUAGUACAGUGUUUAUUCCACAGGAUUGUAUUUAUGUACAUGUGUAUUCCAAGAUAUAUAAGAUGAAAAUUAGGUAAAAUACCACUGUAAUGCUCAAUAAAUUUCCUUAUAUCUAGAAGCAUGUCUUAUCUUCUUUUUUUCUCCCAUUUAUUUCAAGCAUGUAUGCAGGAAAAAAUGUUUUUUGCUUUCAGCUAUGACAUUAAAUCACAUUGUGUUGUAAAGGAAGGUCGCAUUUUGUGGCUUGAUAUACCUCUCAACUUCAUAUCAAACUAUUCUCGUUUAGCCAGUCCACUCUGCAGUAAUCUAUACUAUCAUAAAUGAGACAAAGAUUCAUCAGAUUUUAUAAGGAACACAGGAAAUGUUGUGAGAAGGCUUGAUGUAAGAACGCAAAAAAAGAGUGGGGGAGCGGUGUGUGGUGGUUAAAAAGCGGUACAGGGGUAUGUAUGCCCUUUCGACCUUCAGGAAAACCUUUAAGACAACGCUGAAAAAGCGGUCGCCUUCAGGAGUUUCUAGAAAUGAA